AUGGCAGCUUAUGCUGCCUUAGUUUCCCUAGUUGAGCUCCUUCACCCACACCAAUUCCCUUCCCAUCUCCAAACCCCCGAACUCGACUCCCUCUUCUCGAAAGCCCGUUCGCUGCAGUCCUCGCUCGAAAAAAUCUCCCACGUACCCAAAAACCUCCGACCCACCGUAGCCCAACUCGACUCCGAUAUCCGAGACCAAAUCUACCGAGCUCAAGACCUCGUCGAGUCCUUCCUCCUCGACCAAUCCUCAACUCCUUAUUUCCUCCGAGACUUAACCCAAAUAAUCGAAACAAUCGAUCCUCUCGAGCAAAAUGCCUCGACCAUCGCAACUUCCCUCGAGGAGGAUUCUGAUUCUUACGAGACAAGCGGCGGCCUAUCCGCUUCUCCGCCUAUCGACUCUUCCUCCGGCACCACCACCACCAAGAUCGUCGGCCAGGAGGCCGAUUUCAAAGCCAUCACUACCAAACUAAUGGACGAAAGCAACUCGAAGCUCCAAAUCGUGUCAAUCGUUGGCUUACCGGGAAUCGGCAAGACCACGCUUGCUAAGAGCAUUUACGAAGACCCGAGCGUGCAGAGCUGCUUCCCGACUCGCGCGUGGGUCACGGUCUCCCAAGACUCGCACGUAAAUGAUAUAUUCGCCAAGCUUUUAGCUUCCAUGGAGACCGCAGGCCACAAGGCAGGGGACCGAGCGGUUCAGGGCAAUGUUAACGAAUUAUCCCAACAGCUUCACUUGAGCUUGUUCUCCGGGAAGUACUUAGUCGUGGUGGACGAUAUGUGGGACGAGGGAGUCUGGGAUAGGGUUCGGCAGUACUUACCCGACGAGAGGAACGGGAGUCGAAUCAUACUCACCACCCGUCUCAAAAACAUAGCCGAGUACGCGAAUAAGACGGGCUUCCGCCACGAAAUGCAGCCGCUGAGCGAUGACAACAGCUGGGUUCUUUUGUCGUUAAAAGCGUUCGGUGGAGGGCCGGGUUUUGACCACUUGGAGAGUCGAGGCCGGGCCAUUGCGAAAAACUGCGGCGGGCUUCCGUUGCUGCUGAUCGUGAUCGGAGGUCUUCUUUUCCAGGAGAAGAAAACCGAGGAGUAUUGGGAGAGUAUAAAAGAAGACACGUACGCGGCUGCUUCGAAAGGCGAUCAGAAGACUUCCUACUCGGAAAUCUUGCUGUUGAGCUAUAAUCACUUGCCGCGAAGGCUUAAAGGAUGUUUUCUCUACAUGGGGGCUUUUCCGGAAGACAGCGAGAUUCUAGUCUCGAAAAUCGUGAGGCUUUGGGUUGCGGAGGAAUUUUUAAAGCCGGCCGGUGAGAAAGAGAGUGCGGAGCAAGCCGCGAAAAGGUGCAUAGUGGAUCUUAUCAAGAGGAAUCUGCUCUCGACUCGCAAGGAGACUUCCAACGGACAUACGAAGGCUCUCGGAAUGCACGAUAGCCUUCGCGACGUGUCGUUGAAGCAGUGCCGUUUAGAGAAGUUCUUCCACACGAUGAAUAGGUUCGUCGAGAAGGAUCAGCUUCCGGAAGGUACCGGAGAGCAGAGGCGCCUGUCGGUGCACAGGAAUAUCUUCGUGUGCAUGAAGGAAGGUUACGACUCGGCUAAGUCGGUUUUGUCCACGCGUACGCUGAUUUUUCCGGGCCCGCAUCAUCAUCACCCGUUGCCUUAUACUCUGACCUUUGACCUUCUGAGGGUGUUGGAUGCUCUUACGGUGUACUUCAUUGAAUUCCCGUCCGAGAUUCUUCAACUGAUUCACUUGAGGUUACUAUCGCUGACCUACAACGGCAAGCUUCCGUCAAAGCUGUCCAAACUGCAAAAGCUUCAGACACUUAUCGUCCACCGACACCCAAAGAUCAUAUUCAUCGGCUCAUCAUAUCUGCCGGCCGAAAUAUGGGACAUGCCGCAGCUAAGGCAUCUUUUGUUCAUGGAAAGCGAUUUUCCUCAUCCGUCAGAAUGCGCAACCGUUUCUAACAAAAAUUCUGUUCUCUUCCGAAACCUCCAAUCGCUUUCGGAUGUAAACGCAGCUUCUUGUACUCAAGAGGUGCUUAAGAACAUGCCGAAUUUGAAAAAGCUAGGAAUGUGGGCCGAAAAGCCGGGAGAUGUAAACUUUUACCUCGACGAGCUGCAGCAUCUCGAAACAUUGAAGUUUACUGUCCUAAAUCCCAUUCCUAACAAAAGCGUUAACUUCCUCCCUCGAUUUUCUUUCCCCGAAACACUGAAAAGGCUAACUCUAAGCGGGUGUGGGAUACCUUGGGAUGAAAUGAGUGUGAUUGGACAGUUGCCGAUUCUUGAAGUGCUUAAACUGCGUGAACUCGCUUUCCAGGGGAAAGGAUGGGCUCCGGAGGAAGGAGAGUUUUUGGCAUUGAAAUUUCUGCUGCUUGAGUACGUGGAUUUGAAGUAUUGGGUUGCCGAGCACUCGCAUUUCCCCUGUCUGGAAAGCUUGAUUAUGAGGCACUGCUAUAAACUCAAGGAAAUCGAUUUUCCAGACAUUAGGAGCAUCGGAGGGCUUAAGCUGAUUGAGCUUGUCGACUGUAGUCCACUGGCUGUGGAGUGGGCGGAGAGUCUCGAGAAAGAUAACAAAGAUAAGAAGCUUAAGAUACGAAGUUAUUCUUCGUGGAAAUAG